AUGGUCACCCUCGCUGAAGUCCGCCGCUCCAACGCCCUCCUCACGGCAUCCACGAUCCCCCAAACAGCCCUCUUCGUCGGCGGCACCUCGGGAAUCGGCAAGCUCACGCUCAUCGAGCUCUUCUCCCUCAACUUACCCGUCAAAGUCUACAUCGUGGGCCGUAAAGCCACCGAGCCCGCGAUGAGACCCGUGCUCGAGGACCUGCGUCGGAGGAAUCCCCAAGCGGAGCUCGUAUGGGUGGAGGGCGAGGUCUCGCUUCUAUCCGAGGUGCGGCGCGUUUGCGAGGUUAUCAAGGAGAAGGAGGAGAAGUUGGAUUUUAUGUGCUUGACGGCGGGAUAUGCGCCCUUUGGAGGACGGAAUGAUACGACCGAGGGGCUGGAUGUCACACACGCGCUGGAGUACUACGGCCGCAUGCUCUUCACCCUCUCCCUCCUCCCCCUCCUCCGCGCCUCCCCGUCCCCGCGCGUCCUCACGGUCCUGGGCGGCAGCGUGCUCUCGAACAAGCUCAUCGUCGACGACCUCAACCUCGAGAGACCGGGCAACUUUGGCGGGAUUCAGAGUCAAGCGCACAUGAACACGAUGAAUACCCUCUUCCUCGACCGAUUAUCCACGGACCCCAUGAAUGACAAUAUCACGUUCGUGCAUAACUGGCCCGGGGCCGUGGACACGGGGAACAUGGACCGGUAUCACAAGCCGAGUUUGUUAUCGCCGGUGCCGUUGACGGUGCUUUUGAAGCCGGUUUUCAUUUCUGGACCGACAUCUUUCAAGAUUUGGAUUUUUGAGUAG